AUGCAGGUGAAUGGGAAGGAGCUGUCCAAGUCCAGCCAUGACGAGGCCCUUUCCUUCUGCAGCCCCCGAGAGCCUGUGGUGGUUCAGGUCAUCCGCAGGACCCCGAGCGGCCGCCCCCACGGCUCCCCGCAGGAGAUCCAUGUGGUGGACGUGUGCACCCAGACCGACAUCACCUUCGAACACAUCAUGGCUCUGGCCAAACUGCGGCCCUCCACUCCCCCAGUGCCUGACGUCUGCCCCUUCCUGCUCUCGGACAGGUACUGGCUCGCUGCACACUGGGAACUCACAAGUAUCUAG